AUGAGUGAAAUCUUCAGCCAACAGUUCAUUGUUCCCCAAGCGACCAUUGUUCCUGCCAACUCAACCACUGCUCUACUUUUCACCAACCUCCCGUUCAUGCACCUAGCUUCCUUCGAUUCCUACAUCCCCGUGGCGAGCAUAGUUAAGUUUCUGAUCUACAUGGGUUGGUUCAAAAUUGGCCUCAGCCUAAUGAACCCGCUGCGUGAAGAUCAGAGCGGUUUCCCGAUGGAGGAGAUUUUUGAAUCUAACUUGAAGACGUCAACGAAGAUUGCCCUCUGCCCUUCAAACAAGCUGCCAGGUGUGCUAAACUGA